GAGGGUGGAUAUGGAGCACAUUCUCAUGACAGAUUCGAACAUCUGACGGCAGAUUUUAGAAGGAUUGGACAAGUUUCUUGUACACUUUCGCCCCUCAGAUUGUGUGCCAACUGCCUUCUCACCUGUGCUGUGCUCUUUUUGCUCUGUUGUUGUCUUAAGAGAGUUUCGUUUAUUCAUUUUGGUGCAGCAGAUGUUUUUCUGAGUGAGUGAGUCGGUGGCCGAUCAGUUGCUAAAUCAAGGAGGAAGAGGCUGAUUGCUGCACGCGGUGUUCAUCGGCUCUUAUGUUGCUAGAAUCUUGAGGGAAAUUGCGGGAGGAGAGAGCAUUUGUAACAAUGAACGUGUUUCCAAUUUUCUGGGUUCUCUCUGUUCUGGGCAUUUUCUUCGCUUGCAUAGAUUUUUGGGGACAUGGAAAUAAUGAAGGUGGUGGAGUGAAUACCCAAUGAAAGCUGAAUCAGUGAUGGUGGAGAGUAGUUGUACGGUGGAGCUCAAAAUCCAUGGCACUCUCGUCUUGUGCAGGUGCUUGUCGGUCGCAACGUUGGGCUUUUCAGCACCAGCCGAGCAACCUCUCUCUAGUGCAGACCUCUGGGACUUAUAACUCAGGGUCUGCACUACGCUCCGUGCCAUCCAUCUCCUCUCCCUUGCACACGCACCUCUUCAACUCACCGCUUUCAGUCACCUUCCAUUUAAAUCGUAUGAACUCCCUUAGUGCUUCACUCUUGUCACCUACUUAUCAUGGAUUGCUCCACUCCAACAUUUCGAGAAGUCCUAGACAGCUCAUAUCUGCUAGGGCUGCCUGGCUCUCAAAACACUCCUCUUUAAAACACUUGACUACUCCUCCCAAUUGGGCUCAUAGAAGUUCGAAACUUAGGGCUGGUGAAAGGAAGAAGUUGGUGGGUGUCACCAAUGCUUCCAUCUCCACUACUAGCACGAGCUUAGGAGAGCAAGAGGAUGGUUCCGUGUCUUCUCAACCUGUGAUGGAUUUUCAGCAGCAAGCAAAGAACUCCCCUUUGCUUGCUGGUUGGAAGCCACCGCGUUAUGUUUGGAGAUCUGUGGCAUGUCUUCUCAUCGCAGGCCAGGUGAUCAUGAGAGUCAUCAAAGGGAAGAUCCACGUUCGAAAUUCUAUACAACAACUUUCAUCCGUCGGACCUGGAUCGCUCGGUGUCAGUCUCCUCACUGCAUCUUUUGUUGGGAUGGUCUUCACAAUUCAGUUUGUUCGAGAAUUUGCAAGGUUGGGUCUAACUAGGUCGGUUGGAGGUGUUCUUGCUUUAGCUUUGGCAAGAGAGCUUUCACCCGUCGUUACUGCUAUCAUUCUGGCGGGGCGGGUGGGCAGUGCCUUUGCGGCUGAGCUUGGUACUAUGCAGGUUUCUGAGCAAACGGAUACUCUGAGGGUGCUGCGUACGGAUCCGAUUGACUAUCUGAUUACUCCACGAGUAUUGGCCUGCUGUAUAUCACUACCUAUCUUGACCAUCAUUUGCUUCUCUGUUGGUAUGGCAGCCAGUGUCCUCCUCGCAGAUUCUGUCUACCAUGUGAGUUCAAACAUUAUCCUUGAGUCUGCUGCAAGGGCACUCCAACCGUGGGACUUGAUCAGUACCUCCAUCAAGUCCGUUGUAUUUGGGGGUAUCAUCUCGAUAGUCAGUUGUGCUUGGGGUGUGACCACCGCGGGCGGUGCCAAAGGAGUUGGAGAAUCCACAACAUCAGCCGUUGUGAUUUCUUUAGUCUGCAUCUUCAUAGCCGAUUUUAUUCUUUCAUGGUGCUUCUUUCAGGGUGCAGGAGAUGCCUUAAAGGCAGCUAUGGGUUAGUGGGAAGAGAGUUCAAACGUCUAGGAUGUGGUGUGUACAGCCUCUGAGCUUGACAGCAAGUUUUACUUCACUCAGUUGGACAGCUAUGUCUUGUUCAUGAUAAAGUGUUUAUCACCACUCACAACCUAAACCAAAUGACGUCGGUGAUACGAAGGGUUGAAAGGAUUACAGUACUACUUGCUAGUGAGUUGGAGCUUGUGUUGCAAAAAAUAUGUUUCGAGAAAUGGUUUCCAUGAAACUUUGCUGACAGGGCGUGUUCAGUCAAGUUUACCAUGGUGAUACUAUCUUUUGAAACAUCAUCAAGAGCUGAUAUUCUCUUCUGUAAAUUUUACUGAUAUGAUAAAAGGACGAGAUCCAAUAUUC